CUUACUUUUUGGUCCAUUUCGUGACAUAUUAUAUCUAAAUCGAAUCAGGGUUCAUCUUUAGAUAUGUGUCUCUUGAUAACUAUUCGUUCUCUGAUACGAAGCUUACAAUUCCAAGUACCUACUCCUUUGUUACAUGCAAUAUGAUGCUCUCACCAGGUGGAAUACAGGUGAUGAUCGUAGGGGUCGUCAUGAAUGUCUUUGCGAUUAUAGCGGUUGGACUGAGACUCUGGUCAAGACGGAUCCAGGGAUUAUCUCUCGAAUUCAACGAUUACAUGGCAAUUAUCGCUGUAAUUCUGACUACUGGCCUUGUCAUCUGCUGUCUCUUUGGAGCCAUUGGUGUGCAUGUUGACGAAAUAGUUUGCACCGGCCCCAUCGUCCUGCUUAGGAAAGUAGCUGAAGAUUUCAAGUUAUUUAUACCCGGACAAAUACUCUGGGCGGCGUCAAAUACAUGCGUAAAGCUAUCGAUAUUAUCGCUCUAUACAGUACUUUUUCCAAGGAAGAUAUUCUCUCGGAUAUGUUACUGUACUAUGGGGUUGGCGGUUGUUUACCUUAUAAGUGUACUUGUCGAGACAUUUGCGCUUUGUACGCCAGUACAACACAAUUGGGAUAAAAGUAUACCAGGCAAAUGUACGAACCAACACGGAGCCUACCUUGGUUCCGGCAUUACAAAUCUAAUUAUCGACGUUUUCAUUGUCACCCUUCCCAUGCCAAUGCUAUUUAGACUCCAAAUGUCAUGGCCGAAGAAACUUAGCAUUGCUGUAAUGUUCAGUCUUGGAGCGAUGUAA